AUGGACACAAGCCGGAGAAAGGCAAAAGCCUGUGAUGGCUGCCGGUUCCGCAAAGUCAAGUGCCAUGGUUCGUGGCCUUGCACGCAGUGCGCCCACCUAAAUCUCGCAUGCACCUUCUCGACUCCUCCAACAAGCCGACGCGGACGUGGGCGUCGUGGCUGGCUUGUCGCCCAGCUGCGAGGAGAGAGGAAGGGUGACGAUGGGGCCGAAUGUCAGCCUCGACCUCAUAGCCCUCAGGCCGGAUCGCGGUCUAAGCCGUCACAGCCCACGACUUGCUCUUUCUUCCUUGGCUUGCUUCCACAAUAUGCCGAGUUUGUAUACCCACUGAAUCCGAUAAUAUCGCCUCUGGAGAUGGAAGAAGCCAUCGGAAAUAUGGAUCAAAGUAGCGAAGAUACCGCCCUUGUUCAUGCCUUUGCAGCUAUAACCAUCAACCGGAUGCGGUCAUCGUGGGCUCUUCACAAGGGCGUUGCUGUGCAAAUGACCGAAUUUGUCCGGUGCAGCACCAGAGCCCACCGAACAUACGAACUCGAUUGGGAUGAUGAAAAAGAUGAUGGUAUCCUUAAGCCAUUGCCUGUGACCGCAAAACGCAUUCUUACCUGUGUGUUCUUGAGUGUCUGCACACUGACACUAGGAAGGGUCGACCGCAGCUUUGCCUGGCUGCGUGAAGGUAUUACCAUGUUCCAAGCCCUGGAUUUUGGGCAGAGCUUUCCAGGCGGCCCAAAUAAUGCAGCGAGAUGGCAAAGGAUUUACUGGGAACUGUUUCUACAUGAAAGACAUGUGGCUCUUCUUCCAUCUUUUGGGAGUGUUUUACCGGCUCCAAGCUGGGGCCCUCCAGUUAGUGAUACGACUAUACCGGGCCACGUCGACAUCGGAUUUCGUCGCCUGGUUAAUCUCUUUGCCAUUCUAGACGAUAAAUUUCUUGCUCACUGGCGCUCGCAACAUAACCACUCGAUCAAACAGUCCACCGAGUCGCCGCUGACAACCCAGUGGAUAGAACACAAGCACAAGGAGCUGGACGAAGAUGCAGCUGGUACAGCCGAGGAGGAAAGGUUAUCAAAGGACAGAGGGGGCAGUGGUCUUACAGAACUUCAACAUAUCGACCUCGUGAUUACCAGGUUGUGGCUACGCACUAUGCUCUGGCAGCUUGCAUUGUCCCAAGGCCUUCUUGCUUCCACGACUUCCUCCACAAAUCACGAGGGACUUUCAUUUCAGUUCCCAAUCAAUAGCCUUUAUGCGGAGUUCCGAUCAGUAUUUAGUCGACUCCAAGACGUCACCAGCGUGGGCUUCCACGGGAUGGGCAUGCUUGAGAAGCUCUUCGAGAUAACCAGCACCAUCGCUGAUGUCAUGGUAGUGACCAGCCAAUCUGGGCAGAUUGAAGACGAAGAUAUUUCGAGAGCAGAAUAUUUGCUGUUCCUCUUCAAAUUUCUCGCGGGUUUCGAUGCGGUUGCUUCAAAACAGAGAAAUUACCUGCUUGAGAAGCUGCAAGCUAUGAAAGGCAUGUACACCAUGAUAGAUUUUGACGACGUCGUUUCUAAUAACAGCGACGGCGCCAGUGGCAUUGAUGCCAGUCCCCGGUCCCAUCACUCUCCGCCCUGGGUGGAAUGA